AUGCUAACCCUAAGACCAGCUCACCCUCGUGCUUCAUCCUCGGGCAGUCGCCCUCUCGCCAACCCCGACCUUUUUAAGCCCAACGUUGCUCCUCCGCAAUCCGGCCCAGUCGAUGAAGUCGAUGCCAUAGACCGAAGGAACCAGCGCCAGCCAUCUCCUGGUGCUGCAUCCAAGUCAGCCAAGUGGCAGCCCUUGACCUCGAUUGCGCCCAACCCAGAGUCGGACGAGAACGAUCCUUUCAGCCUCGGGGACAGCGAUGACGAGAAGGAGACAAAGACCAAGGAUACCAGAGAGUCUGACACUGCGCGCCUGAAGGAGGCUGCCCGUAAAAGUGUCACAGCCGAGUCAGCAGAUGCCCCUAAGAGUCUCCAAGCUAGCGAAAGAUCUGGAAGCACCAACGUCAGAGACAAGGAAGCUGAAGCUCUAUUGACUGGCAAGAAGCCUGCUUGA